GUCAGUCACGUUCUUCCUCAUUUCACAAGAGGAAGUGUGCGCGCUCCGCCUUGCCACGCCGCACUUAAAAACAGCGGCAAGCAUCGUGUCGGCGCUUCCCAUUAGUGUGUGACAUGCACGGAUCUGCGACGCUCCGCAGCCCCGUCUCUCCGCACCUGUGCCGCCGGCGACGAGUACAGCGCUGAUCCGUCAAGCCUGGUAGAGCAAAGGAAACACCUGUAGCGCACGCCCCGGAGCUGGACCCAGAAUUAAACCAUGGGGAAUGCCGUAAGGAGUGAAGCUAGGAACAAUGCAGCCAACAUCUACAGCCCCGAGCAGAAAGAAAGUGAAGUGCUCAUCGUCAUUGACGACUACCCCUCCUCCAAUAUCAGCCAGCCAAUCUUCCGGACCGGAGAGAAGCUCCGCCUCCUGUCUGAAGAAGGAUGCUGGCUGAAGGUUCGCUCCUUCCUGAGUGCAGCUGAGAACUACAUUCCCAAUAACUACGUCGCCAAAGUCUACCACAGCUGGCUGUUUGAGGGCGUGGACAGGAAAAAGUCCGAAGAGCUGCUCUUCCUGCCAGGGAACCGGGUUGGAUCCUUCAUGAUAAGAGAGAGUGCGAGGGAAAGAGGUGUCUACUGCCUGUCAGUCAGACACAGGUCCAUCAUACAUUACCGCAUCUUCCGUCUGCCAAACAACUGGUAUUACAUCUCUCCUCGCCUCACCUUCCAGUGUCUGGAGGACUUAGUGACGCACUACUCCGAUUCAGCCGACGGCCUCUGCUGUAUGCUGGUCGCUCCCUGCUUGGCCUCGAGCCACAACUCCGUGAACGUCACCUCUCAGGCGCCUCCGGUGGUGAUGAGGCGUAACAACAACCAGAAGAAUAUGAACAGCCCGCAGCUGGGGAACCGGAGCACUGAGAACCUGCAGGACGACGAGGACGAUCAGAUGAGCUACGGCGUCCGGGACAGCAUCGCCUCGUACCUGUCCCUGGCUACCUCAGACGUCCCCAGCCGUAAAACCUCCUGGGCGAAAAAGAGAAAAACGAUGUACGCACUGCCAAGCCAGAAUUGUGGCCAAGUAACUGAAGAGGACCACUGGACACCUCACAAUGAGGCCUGAACUGUGAACUGCUACCAGUCUUCACAAAGAGUUUUACUAUUUGACUCAGUCAUGGUUAUUUUUAUUUGGGGAAGUCGGAUUUCCAUAAAAGGUUCUUUCCGCUGAUGAGCCCCCGACCCAUUGACUCACGCUAGGAAGCGGUUGCAAAGACUAUUUAUCAACAUAUUUUUUACUACAGAAUGUUUAUGGAAAUAGUAUGAAUGCACACUGAUUUUAUUCUGGAAAAGUUAGUUUUCCCCGCACGUCCGGAUGGUUCCCUCUUCUGCUGUAAAGCAAGUGAAUACGCUGCAAGCACGUGGAGAUGUAAACGUGAAGAAUGUUAUGAGAUAUGUAUAGCGUAUGUCGAGUUGGAUUCGAUGACAGUGAAUGUGCAAGAGAAGAAGUAAUAUGUUGCACAGAAUUUAAUUGAUCCUGGGAAGGGCGAGCAAAACUUAAAGGACCAUGUAAUGUAAAACAGGACUCACACUAUACAUCAGUGUUUCCCAAAGCCAGUCCUUGGGGACCCACAGUCAGUCCAUGUUUUCGCUCCCUCUGAGCCCCCUACCAGAUUGUCCACAUUUUUGCUCCUUCCCAGCUCCCGGUAGGGCAUAUACAAGCAAACCGUGGACUGCCUGUGGAUCCCCAAGAACCGGACUGGGAACCGCUGCUACACAAACAAUAUGGCCACUUUGCCCAGUGCUGGCUGAGUGGUUCCCGUCUCUGGGAGAUGGAAUCUCCACAGCUGGCCCAAGGAGAAAAAUCAGCCUUAUGGUUCAGUGUCAAUAGGCAGCGUCAUUUAACCAUAAGAAAAUAUAUCUUGAGGGAUGGAGAGGGUUUUGAGCUUUUUAUUUGAGCGUUUACUGUGCCACCAGAAAUUAUAAUCACACUUUUCCAUUAUGCAAAACCGAAAUAUUUAUGAGCAGAUACGUUUCAAAAAUAUAUUGUUUUCCCAAUAUGCUCAUUUACGAAAAGCAGAGGGGCUUUAAAACCAAGUGGAAAAACUUAGCGGAACUUUACAAAAGACCGCGGAGAAAGGGUGCGCCGAGCCAUUCUCACUCUGUCGGCACUUUUAAUGAUCCUCAGGGGGCCGUCAUCUUUGUUCCUGUGAUGUACCUGUCUCACACCGCAGCGUUAUUCAUUGCCGACACUCUUGCCUUUCUUUUCACGAGUAAAGCGUAGGCAUGGUUAUUUUAGCCUUGCGGUUUGUGGCUCCUGGUUGAAGAACUUCUGUUACUGAGUGUCUGCUGCAGACUGGGGUCAUUUUAAUCUUAAAUGUAAAAGGUUUCCAAAGUACCAGGCCGAUAUGUGCAUUUCUAAAGUAUAAAGAUCGAGAAAUGCUUAACUCUGAACAUGGUAAGAAAACUUUCCAUUCCUUUUAUAUAAAGCUAUGAAGCUCCCAUGCUGUUCUGAACUCGGGAAUACCGUGAUGGUCUGAUGAUGUUACACCUUAAACAGCUGAGGUGCCCCUGAGGAGAAGUUUGGGAACUGAAGCGGUGUUCAUCUAGCCAUCCAACUGGAUAUCAGUAACUUUUUAGAAAACAGAAGACAUUAUUACUAGUUUUUGUUGUGUUACUCUUAAUUUGCACAUGUUCUAAUGUUAAUUUGUGUUUUCUGUUCUAAGCCAAAGUACACUUGCUACCCAGAUAAACAGCUUUAAACAUUUCUUUGGACUGCCUAAGACUUUUGCACAGUACUGUACUUAUUCUGUCUUGCCAAGGCCCUCCCAAUCACCUUGCAGAGAAGCUUGGCAAGUCUAACUGUCCAGGCAAUGACGCCCAAGCAAAAACUAUCUAUGAAGCUCUCACAGACUCACAGUGAAGCACAGGGUAGGGGCGGGCUCUAAGCACGGCGUCCAACCAGACUCUGAAAAUACAUAAUUGAAGCAUAUUACCCAAUAAGCUUUUGUCCAUUUAAACAAAGCAUACAAGAAUCUUCCAUAGACUUCCAGUGAAGUAUGGCAUCAAAGGGCAUCUGUGGGCUGUAUUUGCGAGUAUCUUGGUUUCAAUGUAUAUGUUAUUGACAGCUUCACAACAUAUGUGAAAUGGCCAGCGCUGUGGUUCAGUUAUUAAGACAGAUUACACUUUUAAUUGCAAAUAAAUUGAAUUCACAUUGAUACAUUUA